ACACCAGCGCCCGGAGCCAGGUUCUCCGCUGCGGCUUUUCAGAGCAAGGUCCUGGAAUCGCAUCCACAGGAGGGAGGACCCUGCGAAAGCUGCGACUAUCCCCUGGGGCCAUGGACUCGGACGCCAGCCUGGCGUCCAGCCGCCCGUCGUCGCCAGAGCCCGAUGACCUUUUUCUGCCGGCCCGGAGCAAGGGCAGCAGCGGCAGCGGCUUCACUGGGGCCACCGUCUCCUCGUCCACGCCAAACGACUGCCCGCCGGAGCUGAGCGCGGAGCUGCGUGGCGCCAUGGGAGCGGCGGGCACUCACGCCGGGGACAAGGUGGGCGGCAGUGGCUUCAAGUCAUCCUCGUCCAGCACCUCAUCGUCCACAUCGUCGGCCGCGUCGUCCACCAAGAAGGACAAGAAGCAGAUGACGGAGCCGGAGCUGCAGCAGCUGCGCCUCAAGAUCAACAGCCGCGAGCGCAAGCGCAUGCACGACCUCAACAUCGCCAUGGACGGCCUGCGAGAGGUCAUGCCCUACGCGCACGGCCCGUCGGUGCGCAAGCUCUCCAAGAUCGCCACGCUGCUGCUGGCGCGCAACUACAUCCUCAUGCUCACCAACUCGCUGGAGGAAAUGUGGAGCGGGGGCGGCGGCAGCGGGGGCAGUGGUGGCUUCCAGCACUGGGGCGGCAUGCCCUGCCCCUGCAGCAUGUGCCAGGUGCCACCACCGCACCACCACGUGUCGGCCAUGGGCGCGGGCAGCCUGCCGCGCCUCACCUCCGACGCCAAGUGA